AUGAUGUCGGGCGUCAUGCACAGCGUCGACAUGGCAGUCGACGCCUGUCGCCACGGCCCCCUUCUACCUGCACGCCCCGAUGGCCUGCUGCGCUGCAAGGCGGUAUCGAAGGAUGUGCUUGGCAACAAGACAAAGAGGGUUUGGCGCGUUCGAACGAGCGCGACGCACGAUCAGGUGGAGGAAAUGAAGGAGUUCGUGGAGGAGGCGCAGAAGAAUAUUUUGGAGCUGAACAAGAGCCGUUUGAGGGCCCUGGAAGAUGCGAACAACGAGCGCCACAGAAGGCUAACUACCGAGUCGAAAUUCUCAGAACUGGAGGCAAGACUUGCAGACAUGGAAUCCGAAAACAAUCUUCUGAGGACCAGACUGUCAGCUCUUGACAAAAAUCUUCAACUCUCUCAAUCCAGCAAUGGGUCCACGGAAAAGGAUGCUGCUGGGUCUGGGAGCUCUACAGCUGCGGAGGGCACUAUUACUCUGAAGUACUCAACGGCAUGGGAUAGGGCGUACGUGCACUACAAUGCAGAUGGCAAGGGAUGGACGAAGUCGCCUGGGUUGCCAAUGGAGCCUGGAGAAGGCAGGAUGAAAACACUCAGCAUCAGGGCAAAUACUAUCGAGUUUGUUGUGAACGACGGUGGCCAGAGCUGGGACCAUCCAAACCCCUACUCAGAAAAUCCGGGAAACUACCGUUUGGGAGAACCAGGCGUUUAUCUCCUGAAGAGUGGAGUCCUUAAGAAGCAAUGA